CCUUGACAAUAACAAUAUAAAUAUAUCGACCUUAGUACAAUAAUUUCAUCUAAUUAGCUUACAUAAAAUAAUAUACUAAUCAGCAUAAUGUUUGGGAAAUCAAUUGCUAUCCUAUUGGUGGUGAUGCUAGUCAUCAGUAUGGUUGCUGUCGAUAACGUGGCAGCCAUGGGUAACCAAGGAUCAGGUGGUAGUGCCGGUGAUGCCCAUCCCACCAAAGGCAGACAUGGUGGCAAUUUAGGUAAUGGUGGUGCCAAAGGUGGACAGGGUGGUGGACACUAAAUUUAAACUGACCUGUUUGAAAAUUAUUUUGAUUUUGUUUUAAUUAUGUAAUUGUUAAGUUUUGCAAUAUAAAUUCCAAUAGAUAUUGUUAAAAAUUAUACUCAAUGUAAUUUUAGCUGUUUUAUUUAAAAAUAAAUAUUCUUUAUAAUAAUAUUA